AUGCCUGGGGAACAGACCGGAGAAACUCCAACGGCUGCCGGAGUUGGCGGCGGCGGUGGUGGUUGCAGCGCCGGAAACAGUGGCGGAAGCAGUGGAUGUGGCCCUGUCGGUGGUGGUGGUGGAGGAGAUUCACAGAGGUCUAUUCCGACGCCGUUUUUAACGAAAACGUAUCAGCUUGUUGACGAUCCGGUUUACGACGAUUUGAUCUCAUGGAACGACGACGGAUCAACGUUCAUCGUAUGGAGACCAGCUGAGUUCGCGAGAGAUCUUCUUCCAAAAUACUUCAAACAUAACAACUUCUCCAGUUUUGUCCGUCAGCUCAACACUUACGGGUUUCGAAAAGUGGUUCCGGAUCGUUGGGAGUUCUCUAACGAUUGUUUCCGGAGAGGCGAGAAGAUUCUCCUACGGGAUAUCCAACGCCGGAAAAUCUCUCAGCCUGCUAUGGCAGCCGCAGCUGCUGCAGCUGCGGCUGCAGUAGCGGCGCCAGGUGUUACCGUUGCAGCUGUUCCUGUCGUACCUCACGCUGUCUCUCCGUCAAACUCUGGAGAAGAACAGGUGAUUUCCUCUAACUCAUCACCUGCUGCUGCUGCGGCUGCUUCAGGAGGAGGAGGACAGGUUGGUGUGGUUCUUCAGAGGACGACGAGCUGCACCACCGCGCCGGAGCUUGUUGAGGAGAACGAAAGGUUAAGGAAGGAGAAUGUUCAGUUGAGUCGAGAGCUGACAAAGCUUAAAGGAUUGUAUUCGAAUAUCUACACGCUCAUGUCCAGUUUCACGUCCGGUCAAGCUGAUUGUGCACCGGAAGGGAAAGCGUUGGAUUUAAUGCCUGAGAGACAAGCGAUGAGUGAAGACAUGGGUGUGGCUUCUGGAACAGAUGCAGCAGGGAUUGGUCUGAAGCUAGAUGAGGACUUGACACCUAGGCUGUUUGGGGUUUCGAUUGGGGCGAAGCGAGCUAGGAGAGACGAGUUGGUUACUGCAGAAGAAGAGGAUGAUGAGCGACGAGAAGGGAGUAACCAAGAGGGAGAACAACAAGGCUCUGAUGUUAAGUCAGAGCAUAUGGAUGAGGAUAACUCUGAAGAACAUAACGGGCCAUGGCUUGAACUCGGGAACUGA